AUGAUUUCCGUAUCCGGUGCCACUCCUGACGGCGCCGCCAUGGACUCCUCUCCUAAGACGAUCUUUCAGCCCCCUUCCUCCGAGGAUGCGCGCCGCAUAGCUAGACAGCAUGCCCAAUUCGGGCCCCUCGGCCAUCCCAGCCACCGAUACGUCUCCAAACAUUACGGAGGCUCAUUCCCUGAACCCGUCAUGGACGAACCGCCCUACUACUACCUCCUCACAACAUACAUCAGUUACUUAAUCUUAAUAGCUUUCGGACACGUGCGUGAUUUUUUCGGCAAGCGGUUCCAGAGCGAGAAUUACCGACAUCUGAAGCCACAGAACGGCUACGCUGCGCUGAACAGUGAUUUUGAUAACUUUUACGUGCGUCGUCUGAAGCUGCGAAUUAACGACUGCUUUGAACGACCUGUCACAGGUGUGCCGGGACGGUUUAUCACUCUGAUCGACCGUGUCAGCGAUGACCAGAAUCGCCAUUUCCGGUUCACCGGUACCUAUACCGAUACUUUGAAUAUGAGCUCGUACAAUUACCUUGGUUUUGCGCAAUCUGAGGGCCCCUGUGCGGAUGCUGUGGAAGAGACCAUUAAGAAGUACGGUAUCAGCUCCGUCAGCACCAGAAGCGAGGUUGGUACCCAGGACCUUCACCUUGAAGUUGAGGACCUCGUCGCCAAGUUCGUCGGCAAGGAGUCAACCAUGGUUUUCUCAAUGGGCUUCGGCACCAAUGCCAGCAUCUUCUCGGCUCUCGUGUCAAAGGGAUGUUUGAUCAUCUCUGACGAGUUGAACCACGCCUCAAUCCGAUUUGGUACCAGGUUGUCUGGCGCCUCCAUCACCAUGUUCAAGCACAACGAUGUCAAGGCUCUGGAGAAGAGGCUUCGAGAGGCCAUCUCUCAGGGUCAGCCUCGCACACACCGCCCAUGGAAGAAGAUUCUGGUCGUAGUCGAGGGUCUCUACUCGAUGGAAGGCUCCCUAUGCAACUUGCCUGGCGUACUUGCCCUCAAGAAAAAGUACAAGUUCAAUCUUUUCAUCGACGAAGCACACUCGAUCGGCGCCAUUGGUCCCCGCGGCCGCGGUAUUUGCGAUUUCUUUGGCAUUGAUACCAAGCACGUUGACAUACUUAUGGGUACUCUGACCAAAUCGUUCGGUGCCAAUGGAGGAUACAUUGCCGCCGACAAGGUAAUAAUCGACAAACUCCGAGCCACAAACCCUGCCGUAUUCUAUGGCGAGACCCCAACACCGCCAGUCCUUGCCCAGAUCGCCUCCUCUCUCAAGAUCAUCACCGGAGAACUUAUUCCUGGUCAAGGUGAAGAACGCCUUCAGCGAUUGGCUUUCAACUCACGUUAUCUCCGCCUGGGUUUGAAACGACUUGGUUUCAUCGUAUACGGAAAUGACGAUUCCCCUGUAAUUCCGCUCCUCCUCUUCAACCCCGCGAAAAUGCCUGCCUUCUCACAUGAGAUGUUGAGGCGAAAGAUCUCCGUCGUCAUCGUCGGAUACCCUGCCACACCCCUUGUUUCUUCGCGAGCCAGAUUCUGUGUUUCCGCUGCCCACACCAAGGACGAUCUCGACCGAUUACUCGCCGCCUGUGAUGAGAUUGGAAACGUUCUGCAGCUCAAAUUUUCCAGCGGUGUUGCUGGUGGCGCCCUCCCAGCACCAGAUGGCAUGACACCCGAAAUGGAAACCGAAUGGUACCGCCAACAAGCUGCUUCUUUGAAGGGCCCGUCUUCUCCUCCACGAUGGAGAUACGAGGAUGUCAUCGCCAGAGGUGUCCAGGAUUCCAAGCGCCCAUUGCGAUAG